AUGCCACCUCAAGUGGACCCUACUCCGAGUGGAGUGCUCUUCGAGUCAGAUACACAAACUUCAGACCUUGGUCUAGCCAAAGAUGUGUCAGUUCUUAAACACGCAAGUCCUAGAAAGCACGAAUAUGUUUGGUUCAAUAUAUCCUGGUUCCUCUUUUUGCAUAUUAGCUCGUUGUACGGAUUGUACUUAGUCUUCACUUCUGCUAAAUGGCAAACUAACGUAUUUGCAUUCGCUGUCCACUUAAUGUGUGCCAUUGGAAUUGGCGCAGGAUCUCACCGAUUAUGGACACAUAGAAGUUUCAAAGCACGAACUCCACUACGAAUAGUCUUAAUGAUCUGGCAAACGAUGGGCUUCCAGGACUGUAUAUUCGAAUGGGCACGAGACCACCGCACGCACCACAAAUACGCAGAUACUGAUGCAGACCCACACAAUGCUGAACGUGGGCUAUUCUUCUCUCACAUGGGUUGGUUAUGCUGCAAGAAGAGUCCUGAAGUCAUUGAAGGAGGAAAAAGGAUUGAUUUGACAGAUUUGUAUGCUGACCCUGUUGUUAUGUUUCAAAGGAAACACUACUUAAAGAUGAUGCCCCUGCUAUGUUUCGUUCUGCCCACUGUAGUGCCAGUGUACUUCUGGAACGAAACUUGGGUAAACGCCUUCUUCAUACCGACGAUACUACGAUCACUGAACCCUCGGGAAAACAUCGGUGUCUGGAUGAUCUGCGUAGAGGGCUUCCAUAACUACCACCACACUUUCCCCUGGGACUACAGGGCGACAGAACUACCCCUGUAUAAUAUGCUUACGCCCACUAUCAUGUUCAUUGACCUCAUGGCCAAGAUAGGCCAAGCGUAUGAUUUAAAAUAUGUAUCUCCGGAAAUCAUAAAGCAACGUUCACAGCGCACCGGGGAUGGAACACAUCAUCUCUGGGGAUGGGACGACCCUGAGUUCACAGAGAAACUGAAAGAGAAAUACGGUGCGGUCAGCCACAGUGAGGGCAGAAAACAAGCAUGA